AGAAGCUUUCAUUGUUUUUGUGCAGGUGUUGUUGGCGGUGCGUCUUGGUCAAUUUAGCUCGGAAAAUGACACCCUCGUCAAUCUGUCACCUAAUCCUGCCUAAUGAGCAGGUCAGCCCUGGAGGAAAGUAUUGGCUGUAAGAAGGAAGAGAAAACAUAACAUCUGGUUGUUUCUAAAUUACUCCUUAUGACAUUGUUUGUCAGAUUAAACAAUGUAAUACAUAUUUUUCCAAUCUGCGUUACCCACUCCAGUCAACAGAUGACGAUGUGCGUAUUGCGUGUAAUCUGAUGGACGAGACGGGAGGCUUCUUCAACAGCGUCAACAGGCUAGUGAUUCAACCACCUCCGUAGCUUGCUAGCAAAAAUAAAAACGAAACAUUGAAGCUCUUUAGACCAAUCUUGUGUAUAUUAAUCUUAGUGUUUUGAACAUAAUUCUGUUUACGUAUCUACUUGUUAAUUUAAACGUAAUUUAAUUGUUAAAUGACAUUUUGCAAAUGUGUUCAAUUGAUACUGAGUCUAGCACUAGGCUAAUGCUAGCUAGUUAGCUAACAUCACCAUGAGCUCACUAAGCUACUCCCCCCUUGCUAAAGUAGAGGAGGUCUGCUGGACGGAGAAAGAAGCUCUGGGGCUCAACAUUAUCGUGAAAGAAGAGCAGGAGGAUAUUACAGUGAAAGGAGAGGAAGACGUUUUCAGAAUAAAACAGGAGGAAGAGGAGGAUAUCACAUUGGAAGAAUACGAGGGUGAUGUUAAUGUGAAAGAAAAGGAAGAACAUUUUAGAGUGAAAGAGGAGGUAGAAGCUUUCAGAAUUAAAAAGGAGGAAGAGGAAGAUAUCACAUUGAAAGAAUACGAGGAUGAUGUUAAUGUGAAAGAAGAGGAAGAACAUUUUAGAGUGAAAGAGGAGGUAGAAGCUUUCAGAAUUAAAAAGGAGGAAGAGGAAGAUAUCACAUUGGAAGAAGAAGAGAAUACAGUGAAAGAAGAGGAAGAGCCUCUUUUACUCCAAAAUGUUAUCUCAAUAAAAGAGGAGGAAGACGUUUUGGGAGUGAAAGAGGAAGAGGAGACUGCAGAUCCUGUUAACACCAGAGAGAGACCAGACUCUCAUUCUGAUAGCGGGAAGAGGCCUUCAGGGGAACCAGAGCCAGCGACGUCCAAACCAGUGAGACGACACCACUGCUCCCACUGUGGAAAGAGUUUUGCCCGGUUAGGGAACCUGAGCAUGCAUGAGAGAAUACACACAAGAAAGAAGCCACAGUCUGGAGAAAAGCCUCAUCAAUGCUCUGAAUGUGGAAAUACUUUUAGUCGGUUAGGAAACCUGAAAAGGCAUGAGAAGAAACACAAGAGGAAGAACCCAUACCACUGUGCCCAAUAUGAAAAUAGUUUUUUCUCAACAGGGGGCUUAAAAAAGCAUGAGGAAACACACUCUGUAGAGAGGCCUUUCCAAUGCUCCCAGUGUGAAAAGAGUUUUACCCAAUUAGCGCAGCUGAAAAUCCAUGAGAGAAUACAUUCUGGAGUGAAGCCCUACCACUGUUCCCAGUGUGGAAAGAGUUUUAUCCAGUUAGGGAACCUGAAAUUACAUGAGAGAAUACAUUCUGGAGUGAAGCCCUACCACUGUUCCCAGUGUGGAAAGAGUUUUACCCAGUCAGGGAACCUGAAAAUGCAUGAGACAACACACACUGGAGAUAAACCUUACCACUGUUCCCAGUGUGAAAGGAGUUUUUUCUCAUCAGGGGCACUGAAAAAGCAUGAAAAAACACACUCUGUAGAGAGGCCUUUCCACUGCUCUCAUUGUGGAAAGAGUUUUACAGAGUUAUGGAAGCUGAAUAUCCACGAGAGAAUACACUCAGUAGAGCGGCCAUUCCAAUGCUUCCAGUGUGAAAAGAAAUGUUUCUCAUUAAAUUCCCUGAAACAACAUGAGAGAAUACAUUCUGGAGUGAAGCCUUACCACUGUUCCCAGUGUGGAAAGAGUUUUACCCAGUUAGGGAACCUGAAAAUGCAUGAGACAAUACACACCGGAGAGAAACCUUAAGACUGUUCUCAGUGUGAAAAUAGUUUUAACUUGUCAGGUGAACUGGAAACAUAUGAGAGACUAAAUACAAAUCACACACCAAUAAUGCUGUAAGUGUGGACAGAGGUUUACCCUAUUAGCAAGCUUUGUUAAAAAUAUAAAUAUAAUCUUAACUGUGUGUGUGUGUGUUUUGCGUUUCUGUGUAUGUGUAGGAGAGUUAAAAUUGUUAUUUUAUCAAAUGUCAUGUUAUUCCUAUUUAGAACCAUAGAACACCCAGGUCAAGGGUCAGUGGCCCACAAACAGGAAUAUUCCCAGUUCAGACCGAAGGUGGAACCAGAUCACUGUGAUCACCAGGAACUUUACUUCUGGUUUCUAUUUGUAUUUGUUGAUCUUCUGGUACUGCCUGAUGAUGUUUAAGAGGCAGCCUCACCCAUUGCUGACCGGUGUAUCAAAUCAAGCACACAGCCAUCAAGCACACAGCCAUCUCCAUAGACAAACAUUGGCAGUA